AUGAGAAUAUUAAAAAGCCAUCCUUUAUUGAAAUUAGUUAAUUCCUACCUUAUUGAUGCGUCACAACCAAGUAACAUAAGUUAUUUAUGAAAUUUUGGUUCUUUAUUAUUACUUUGUUUAGUUAUACAAAUUAUAACAGGUGUAACUUUAGCUAUGCAUUAUAGUCCUAAUGUAUUAGAAGCUUUUAAUUCUAUAGAGCAUAUUAUGAGAGAUGUAAAUAAUGGAUGAUUAGUACGUUAUUUACACAGUAACACAGCUUCAGCUUUCUUUUUCUUAGUGUAUUUACAUAUAGGAAGAGGAAUGUAUUAUGGAUCAUAUAGAGCUCCUAGAACAUUAGUUUGAGCUAUAGGUACAGUUAUACUUAUAGUUAUGAUUGUAACUGCUUUCCUGGGUUAUGUUCUGCCUUACGGGCAAAUGUCCUUAUGAGGUGCUACGGUUAUUACUAACCUUGUUAGUGCUAUACCAUGAAUCGGACAAGAUAUUGUUGAGUUCAUUUGAGGAGGUUUUUCUGUUAAUAAUGCUACUUUAAAUAGAUUCUUUGCUUUACAUUAUCUAUUACCUUUUAUAUUAGUAGCUUUAGUGUUAAUGCAUUUAAUUGCACUUCACGAUACUGCAGGUUCAAGUAACCCUUUAGGUAUUUCAGGUAAUUACGAUAGAAUAACAUUUGCUCCUUAUUACUUAUUUAAAGAUUUAAUUACAAUUUUCAUCUUUAUUUUUGUUUUAAGUUCAUUUGUUUUCUUUAUGUCUAAUGUUUUAGGUGAUAGUGAAAAUUAUAUAAUGGCAAAUCCUAUGCAAACUCCUGCAGCUAUUGUGCCUGAAUGAUUUGAUUUAUUACCUUUCUAUGCUAUAUUAAGAUCUAUACCUAAUAAAUUAUUAGGUGUUAUAGCUAUGUUUGCUGCUAUUUUAGCAAUAAUGCUAUUACCUAUAACAGAUUUAGGUAGAUCAAAAGGUUUACAGUUUAGACCUUUAAGUAAAUUUGCUUUCUGAGUUUUUGUAGUAAAUUUCUUAAUCUUGAUGAAAUUAGGAGCUUGUCAUGUGGAAACUCCAUUUAUAGAAUUAGGGCAAUUAAGUACAGCUCUAUAUUUCGGUCAUUUUAUAAUAAUUGUACCUAUAAUUAGUUUAAUUGAGAAUACUUUAGUUGAUUUAAACACUAUGAGUAAGGGAUAA